AUGGCCACCCCAAUCACGGAGUUUAUCGUUCUUACACUCAAAAAUCACGGCAACUCAUCGGGCCCCCCAGCGGCCUGGUCCGACGUCACUGAUACCCUGAAAUCCACACCCGGCGUCAGUGCCGUGUACACGGGCACCCAGAACGAGGACCCCUCCAAGACGGUCCUCGUCGCGGAGUGGGCCUCGCCCGCCGCCUUCUCCGAAUUCGCCGCCUCCGAGUCCUACACGCCCUGGUUUGCCUCCCUCAAGGCCGUCUCCGCCCACACUUCCCCGGACAGCCCGGGCGUCGCCCCGCCGCUCUUCUAUAAGGUCCCCUUCACGGCCGACUCGAACCCGGCCGUAGCCCUCGACGCGCCGUGCACCGCGGUUUUCAUCGCCUACGGCGUGAACGACUCCUUCCUAGGGCAGACGGCAGAGUUUGCCAAGGGUCUGACGCAGGGCGGGGCUUCGCUGGAGGGGUACCACGGGCAUGCGUACGGCGCGAUCUCGACGCCGCUGGCCGUGGCGGGCUCCGGGGACGGGGAGAAGGGGCCCGCAGUAACACUGUUGCUGGGGUGGGACAGCAAGCAGGCGCAUCUUGAUGCCAAGGCAAAGGCUGGACGAGAGUACACCACAUCCCUGUGGAGCGCCAUGACGGGAGAUGACCCGACGUGUGAGAGAGCCAUGACUAACAUGUCUUGCAGCAAUAUCAGACAACAUUCAUCUGUUGAGGUCAGGCCAUAA